CCCAGCCCACACCCGAGAGUGACGAGGAGGAAGGACCAGCCCGGUGAUGCACACAGAAAUUCCACCAGCCUCCACGCGUCGCCAUGAGUCACAACCCCAGCCCCGCCGGCGCUCGCCUCAUUUGGCCUCGGCUGGCCGGUGGGGCGGGAGGAAGAUGAUGGACUGCGAGUUCGGGUACACCCUGACACUGGCCCAGGACUACGUGAGGCACGUCCUGCGGGUCCCGCAGCCUGGCUCGGCCCCUAGCAGGGCGUCCCGGCUGCUCCAGGAUGUGGCCUCCUCCGUCCAGGGGGAGGUCGAGAAGAACUUGAAACCGUGCCUGGACAGUUUUGAUGUGAUGUCUGUCGACACCGCCAGAACCAUAUUCAACCAGGUCAUGGAGAAGGAGUUUGAAGACGGCAUCAUUAACUGGGGACGGAUUGUGACCAUAUUUGCGUUUGAAGGCAUUCUCACCAAGAAGCUCCUCCGGGAACAAAUUUCCCCAGAUGUGGCUGCUUCUCGGAUUUCUUACUUUGUGGCGGAGUUCAUCACGACAAACAUGAGAGAGUGGAUAAGGCAAAACGGAGGCUGGGAGGACGGCUUUGUAAAGAAGUUCGAACCCAAGUCUGGCUGGCUGACUUUUCUGGAAGUUACAGGGAAGAUCUGUGAAAUGUUCUCUCUCCUGAAGCAAUACUACUGACCAGCCAACAGGGACACUCCCGAUUGUGAAACCUGCCUAGUUUCCUUGACUCUUAGAAAAAGUGUUGCCAACACUUCUACUUCUAAAUAAACAACUUUGGUGAUGUAACUCGAUGUUUCCAUGUUACGGAAAUUUUGUUCUCGUUUUAAUGAAUAAAUUGUAUAUUUGCCUCAGUA